CGCUAGCUGCGGCUAGGCUGAGUGAGGGCGCGGAACACAGUUACUCGCUCCUGUUGCUCACCGGAACUCAAAGAGAGAGGGACGAGCCGGGCCGGGAAACGGAAGAGGAGGCAGGGGGUGUGUUUGGGGAGGGACGGGGUAUUCCAGUGAGUGCUUUAUUCACUGUGUUUCUCCGCAAUGUUACCGAGAGUCUCAGCGUUCCUACCUCUUCGCCCGCUUUCCCGCCACCCUUUGUCUUCUGGAAACCAGCAGGCAAUGGCGGUUACCGUCGUGCUUCUGGCUGCGCGGCGCGGAACAGUCAGGUAUCGUAUUUCUGCGCUGUGGACCGCAAGGACAAAAAAUAACAUCCAAAGGUAUUUUGGCACCAACUGUGUUACCUAUAGCAAGAAAGAUGAGCAGUCUGUUCCAACCAAUGAGAUUUCCAAAAAGACUUCAGAGAGCCAAGACAAUGUCAAAGAAAAUACAAAAAAAGACUUGUUAGAUAUUAUUAAGAGCAUGAAAGUUGAAUUAAGUACAGUAAAUGUUCAAACAACAAAGCCACCUAACAGAAGACCACUUGCAAAUUUGGAGGCUACAAUUAGCAGGCUUCAAAAACCUACGGAAGAUACACCAAAGAAGAGAAAAGAGCAGCUGAGUCCUGAGUUGGUGGCGGCUGCAUCUGCUGUUGCGGAAUCCCUCCCUUUCGACAAGCAGACGACUAAAUCCGAACUGCUCAGGCAGCUCCAGCAGCAUGAGGAAGAUGUAAGGGCACAGGUAGACGGAAACAGACCUAAAAUUAGUUUCAGGAGCAUAGUAUCAGAUAUGAAAGUUGCCAGAUCUGCAACCCCCAGAGUUAGUACAAGACCAGAGCAUCAGAUUCAGUUUGAUGAAGGAGUGGACAGUGACCUUGGCCAGAAGAAGACGGCUGAUCUUAGAAAACGUCUUAGGAGAAGUAUAUUCAAGGGGAAGAGACUUAAUAUUUUUGACACUAAGGCAGUUACCGAAGAAGCACCUGAACCAGAGACAUCACCUUCACUUUGGGAUGUGGAAUUCGCUAAGCAGGUGGCCAGAGUCAGUGAACAGCCUUUUCAGAAUGGGUUUGAAGAGAUGAUCCAGUGGACAAAAGAAGGGAAGCUGUGGGAGUUCCCAAUUAACAAUGAAGCAGGUUUUGAUGAUGAUGGUUCAGAAUUUCAUGAACACAUAUUUCUGGAUAAAUACCUAGAGGAUUUUCCAAAACAAGGACCAAUUCGUCACUUCAUGGAGCUGGUGACUUGCGGCCUUUCCAAAAACCCGUAUUUAAGUGUUAAACAGAAGGUCGAGCACAUAGAGUGGUUUAGAAAUUAUUUUAAUGAAAAAAAGGACAUUCUAAAGAAAAGUGACAUACAGUUCAAUUGAAGACCAUGGAAAUUUUUAUUUUGAAUUGCUGGCAAUGAAAAUAAAAUAAUUUUGCUAGAUUUCUUA